CUUCCUGUAACAUUUGUAUGCUGCUUUGGAAGAAUCUGAGCUGUCAUUCACAUUUAAGGCACCUGGCUAAGGACUGAUCAUUUCGGGCAACACGCCCUGAUGGAUUUAUUCCACCUUUCGCUCUUCAUGGUGCUCCUAGCAGCCCUGCUUGCGCUGUACACGAGAUUCAUAAUACAUCCGAUACUAAAUAAAUACGCUUGAUAAUCUGCCGAUCGCGAUAUUUUCCUCAGCGAGAACUGUUCUCGAUGGUGUCACCUGUGAAGCCUAAUAGCAAGAUAACGGAGCGAUUAGCCAGGGAGGUGCUACGGAAGCUGCGUCUAGCUAUCGAAGCUGACAGGAAAGAAGACAGAGAAAUCAUCUGCGGCGAAGUUUUCACAGAUUUGACAGGAACACUCGAUGACCUUGCUAAAGAGGAGCUGGAAAUAAGCCUUGAGAGGAGCUGCAGAUUCUACGAGAUCCUAGCACCUUAUUUCCGGAAGAAAUGGGAUGUGGCGGAGGGACUCCUGUACAUCUGCAGGAAGCUGCUGUCACAACCCUAUGUUGCUCCUGUGUAUGCAAUGCUUCUUUAUCAGUGGCUGCUGGCAAAUAAGGAUGCUGGAGGUGCAGAGCAGCGGCAGAAGCAUGUCAAUCUCUUGGUGGCAGGAGCAGGGCAGCUGUUCUGGAGCGAUGUGCACAGCAGCCUGAUACACUUCCAGCCCCUCUACACAUUCAUGGCGAACGAUGUUGUCCUGAGCCCCGACAGGAGGCGCCUGGACACCCUGCCGCCGCAAUCGCGCGCCAAACUCCUGUCAGUGGUCGCUGCGUUUCUACCCUACUACACACCUUCAGCGGCAUUGGGCCAGGCACUGGCGAGCUUCCCUUCCCCUGGCCACACAGCUGAGGAUGGUGGCCAUGUGGACUGGGAGGGUGCAGACUUUGUCAUCGGUGACGUCUGUGACACCCUCAAGAUGAUGCGCGCGGAGCACUCCUUGCUCAAGUAUCUAGAUGCUCUGGUGGGCCUGAAAGAUUCCCCCUUCUUCCAGCGCUGCAAACGGAUAACGCGGCUCAGACUGCAAGCUGAGCUGUACGGCCUGACCCAGGUAGGCGGGCCUCGCUACGUCCCCCGAGCAGUGAACAAGGCGGCCUUCCGUGUCCUGGAUGCCCUCUUUCCCAUGGGUGCCUUCUCCCGCCGCGCUGUCUCUCUCCUCUUCCGCCUGUGGCUGCAUCCAGGGGAGUGGCCCAGGGCAAUUGGUGUCACUGCCCGGACCGCUGGGCGAGUGUUCGUUCGAUGGCUGAGAUACGUGCUGCCGAGCCGCACUGGCGCACCUGUGCAGCCGCUGUCAGCAGAUGCCCUCACCAAUGGGCAUCAGACCCUGCAUGCCAAGGCCUUUUGAGUUAUUUAGCUAGUCCUCUAUUGUCGUGUGUAAAUUUUGUCGGCUUGCUCUGCAGUUCCAUGUCAUCAGCUGUUCAAUUGCUGCAGCCUUGGGACCAUCUUAGAGCAUAAUGUGAAGGGCCAUGUUUGUCAAAUCAGUUUAGAAUGUAUUUUAUCCCUGCUAGAUCCAGAAGCCAAUCAGUGAUAGCGGUACGUAGCAAGGCAGGAUGUCCUAAAAUAUUGCCAGUGAAUAAUGCGAUACCUUGAAGGCCCUUCCGGGAUACUCCAACUUUCGUGGUGCCCAGGACUCGAUGCCAUCAAGUCCGACUUGACCACUGGCAGUGGUUGUGUUGCCUGCUCAGGGGUCAAGCGCUGUGACACAAGGUUCCAUGCCAUGUCUUUCACAGUCGUCAGUGUAUUGGCAGUACUGGUAGCAUACCCUGAUGUCAAUAAAAUCAUAAUGAC